AUGACCGCGGGAACGGUUGUGAUCACUGGCGGAAUCCUAGCCACGGUGAUCCUGCUGUGCAUCAUCGCUGUCCUUUGCUACUGUAGGCUCCAGUAUUACUGCUGCAAGCAGAGCACAGCUGAGGAUACAGACGAAGAGGAGGAGCGCGACCUGCCUGCGCGCCCCCGAGGCCCCGCCUGCAACGCCUGCAGCUCCCAGGCCUUGGACGGCAGAAGCGGCCUGGCGCCCCUCCUCGGCGAGCCGUGCAGCCAGCCGUGCGGGGUGGCCGCGAGCCACUGCGCCACCUGCUCCCCGUACAGCUCCCCCUUCUACAUACGGACAGCUGACCUGGUGCCCAAUGGCGGAGGAGGCGAGAGGCUCUCCUUUGCCCCCACAUGCUACAAAGAGGGGGGACCCCCAGCGCUCAAACUCGCAGCGCCCCAGAGUUACCCGGUGACCUGCCCAGGGCGCGAGGUCUUCACCAAUCCAAGGGCUAUUAGUACAGAUGUGUGA